GUUGUGCUCCCUGUGUGCUACUUGUGCUUCUAGAGAGAGUAAAAAAAAUUCAAGAGAUUGAGUCUUAUCGUUAGAACCGACUUCAAAUCAGUCCACUACAACACUUUGAAUCGUACACAACCAAAGACAAAAAGUGAUGCGGUAUUAAAACUGAAAAUUUAUUGAAAUAUUAAAAAUUUAACCCAAAGAAAAACAAAGAGAGAAACUCAAAAUCCACCAAAACGGAAUUUACGUAAAAUUAUUACAAACAAAUUUUAAGUGAAACAAAAAAACAGAACACCAAAUACUAAGUGUUAAACAAAGAAUUAAAAACUAUUUUAACAAAUUUAAACAACCAAAUAUUACAAAUUUAAACCAAAACAAAAUGUCUACAACAUCAGCUUCACCCAUCAGCAACAUCACCGUAGAUGAUGAGCUAAAUAUCAGAGAACAAGAUUUCUCCACGGAUUAUAUCCACAUUAAAGAGGAACGUGAAAGUAGUCUUUCACCUAUUUUGACUCCACCUCAUACGCCGACGGAUGCUUCUACUAUACGUAGAAACAGUAACAGUCUACCAACACAAAAUUCCUUAUAUGAAUUGGAACAAUUACGCUCGGUUAAUGCUCAAAUACAACCAAGACCUUAUGUUACGCUCAUGGAACCUCAUUUGCAGCAACAGCAUGCUCAUCACCAGCAACAGCAGCAACAACAUCAACAGCAUCAACACCGUUUGUGGCUGCAAAUGCAACAACAACAGCAGCAGCAACAACAACAACAUGCUAUUCCAUAUCCCUCAGCUGCUGGCACUCAAUUUCUACAUGCUGCUGAUCCCUUGGCCGCUCAACAUCAGGCUUUACUCAUGAAUCAAUGGAUACGCAAUGCCGCUCUUUAUCAGCACCAACAUCAGCACCAUCAACAUCAUCAACACCAUCAUGCCCAUGCCCAGGCUCACCAACAUGCUUUGCAUGCUAUGCGCCCUUAUCCCGCCGCUCUGCAUGGUAUGCACCCGGCGGCUGCAGCUGCCCGUUUGGGGGCCUGUGUCGGUAUGCCACCCAUGAAACUAAACGCUGGUGUUGCCACCACCGGCACCCGACCAAAGAAACAGUUCAUUUGCAAAUACUGCAAUCGUCACUUUACCAAAUCCUACAAUCUGCUCAUCCAUGAACGCACCCACACCGAUGAACGUCCCUACUCUUGUGAUAUUUGCGGCAAGGCUUUCCGUCGGCAAGAUCAUUUACGUGAUCACCGUUACAUACACUCCAAGGAGAAGCCUUUCAAGUGUGGCGACUGCGGCAAAGGCUUUUGCCAAUCACGCACUUUGGCAGUGCACAAAAUCACCCAUUUGGAGGAGGGACCCCACAAGUGUCCCAUCUGCCAUCGCUCCUUCAAUCAACGGGCCAAUCUUAAGGCACAUUUGCAAAGUCACAGCGAGGGACAAUUGGCCGGCUCCACAGAAAAUGUUAAUGAAUCAACCCAGGCAUUGAAUACAAGUCAACCUGAAAUGUUGGUCCACAACAAAGAACAACAAUACACACAACUAUCCCAACAAGCCCAAAUCUCUCCCGUGCUCGAUCUAUCCUCCUCAGCUUUGGCACCCAUCAGCAAGCCCAAGAGAAGUCUGGGUUUCACCAUUGAUGAGAUUAUGAGCCGUUAAAUACAUGCAGACACCAACUACAACAAAGUAGCCAUGGUUUUCAGUUAUUUCCCAAAUAAGAUCGCCGGCCCCUAGGCACACAUGACGAGGAAAAUGUUGUUGCUGCAACAAAAUGGCUUUACGCAAAGAUUAUCUAUGAUAACCAAGAUGAUGAAGCCAAAAAUCAACGUCAACUAAGCUAGAGAGCGAGCUUUAAAGCAUUUAAACGCUACCAAAGCAAAAAAAAAAUGGACAGACAAACACCUUCACAACAAAACAAAAAAACGGGUCGUUUAUUUCUCUACAACUUUAUUUACAUUUUAUUUUACAAACAAAAAAAAUAUUCUGGUAAAUUAAAAUACUGAAGUGAAGAAUUAAAGUGAAGGUCUCACUAAACAACUUCAACUCACGUAAAAUAACACGCACUUCGUGUAAAAAACAAACUUAAACAAAAGGUUAACUGGCAAGCAACGUUUACUUAGCUGUUGGUUAACCCCUGCUACAUGAUUUUACUCACUCCAAAGAGGAAUAAAGAAACAAAUUAUUCAACAACAAAUUAUUUAUACUUUUAUUUUAUUUUACUCCGUAAUAGUAUUACUUAUUUUUUAUUAUUGUUACAAAAGCUGCUACACUACACUACUACAGUUCAUUUGCUAAGCUAAACUCUAAAAAACUGGUACAGUUCAUUGUAUGCUAUAGUUUUGUAUGCUUUGCAAUAAACUCUCUGGUAGAGUUGGUGGUGGAAUGGUGGAAUGGCAGGCAUAAUAUCGUAUAAAUGGCAUAAAUUAAAACGGUUUUUUCUGUAUUUUUUUCUGUUAACUAUAGUAUAAAAAAAGUAUUUAUAUUUAUUUAUAUGCUUUAUAUAGCAUGUUCUUCCAGUCAUCGUUAUCAUUAUUUAUUGCUCCCUACAAAAAAAAAAAAAAAACAACAAACAAAAAAAAUGUAGAAAAAACAUGUAUAUCAAGAAACAAAAAACCAGAAAGCAGCACCUUGUUUUUUAUUGUAAAAAUAUUUAAACAAAAAAUAGUAAUAAAAUCCAAAAAAUCAAAAAAAAAUAUUAAAAUUUAUACCAAAGCACACAUUACCUUUGAAAUAUUUCUUAUAUACAAUAUUUAGUUAAAUUAGUUAUAGUAGUCAUUAUCUUAUUACAU